AGCUGUUGCCUGGGAAUAACUUCACAAACGAAUGCAACAUUCCUGGAAACUUCAUGUGCAGCAACGGGCGGUGCAUCCCGGGGGCCUGGCAGUGUGAUGGGCUGCCCGACUGCUUUGAUGACAGUGAUGAGAAGGAAUGCCCGAAAGCCAAGUCCAAAUGUGGUGCCACGUUCUUCCCCUGCGCCAGUGGGAUCCACUGCAUCAUCGGCCGCUUCCGCUGCAACGGCUUCGAGGACUGUCCCGAUGGCAGCGACGAGGAAAACUGCACAGCAAAUCCCUUGCUUUGCUCUACUGCCCGAUUCCACUGUAAAAAUGGUCUUUGCAUUGACAAAAGCUUUGUGUGCGACAGUCAAAAUAACUGUCAAGACAACAGCGAUGAAGAAAGCUGCGAAAGCCCUCAAGAGGCAGGCAGUGGCCAAGAUUACGUGACUUCAGAAAACCAGCUGCUGUACUACCCCAGUAUUACCUAUGCCAUCAUCGGCAGCUCCGUCAUUUUCGUCCUGGUGGUGGCCUUUCUUGCCUUGGUCCUGCACCACCAACGGAAGCGCAACAAUCUGAUGACCCUGCCGGUGCAUCGGCUGCAGCACCCUGUCCUGCUGUCCCGCCUGGUGGUCCUCGAUCACCCGCACCACUGCAGCGUCACCUACAACGUCAACAAUGGCAUCCAGUACAUGUCCAACCAGGCCUUCCACAGACCGGUGGACCUGGACUCUCCGCCAUCCUAUUCCGAGGCUGUGCUCGACCAAAGCAGACCGCCUUGGUUCGACCUUCCUCCUCCUCCUUACUGCUCCGAAUCUGACUCCCCGAAUCAGCCAGAUCUCCCUCCUUACCGGUCUCGGACAGGGAGCCUGGUGAGCACGGACGCCCCCGCGGCAGGGAGCCCCCUGGGCACGGCCAGCAGUUGGGCAAGAGAUGUCCAUGGCAGCAUGGAUGGGCACAGAACUCUUCUGGAGAGGACAGCAGAUCCGAGCGAUGCGCUGGUUCACCACGUUGCUGACAGAGAAGUGUAACUGCUCCAGUGUUUGGGAUGGGCAGGAAGGCACCUAGUUUUUCAAGUCUGUGUGGGUUAAUCCGCUGUGGCUAAUCCGUUCCAGGGGCACACGUGCCUGAAUGACGACUUGAUUUGAAUCCACACCAAGUUAAUUGAAUUCCGCAUUGUGGGCUCAUCAGAGACAGAGCUGUGAGAGCUACAUCAGCUCUCCACAAUAUUUCUGUGAGCAAGUUCCAGUUCAGACUUGUAAGAGAAACAUCAGUGCUGUGUCAAAGAACUGAUGCGAUGUAUUUCUUGGACUGUAUAUGAAUGUAUAUAUGUGCAUGUGUAAUAUAUACAGAUGUUGCACAGAAAAACUGUGCCAGAAGGACUCUCGUUUUCAGGCUGCCCCCCGUCCUGUCAACAUGUGAGCUAUUUCUUCUUGCUGCCUGGUGCCAAGUGCCAACUGGUGGUCACUGAAGCACAUGAGAGGCAGUCUUUCUGCCUGGAGCUCUGGUGUCCCAACGCUGGCCCAGCGGUAGCGGUCAAAUUGCAGAAAAUGUUCAGCUUGACCCUUUUCUUCAUGGCCUGGAGCAUUCUCACUGUGAAUGUAAUUUUCAAAGUUUAAGCUUCUGAAGAUGCAACGACUCUCUAACUGAGCAAAUGAGAUUUUUUUUCCCAAUUGCUAAUAUCUAGGCCAAAUUUGCAUGGGUUUUUCUCAGGAACACCACAGAAGUUGGCUUACCUGUCAAACUUCAAGGCUGAGUACAGAGGCACAGAAGCUUCUCGACAAACCAGCACAAGACUUCUUUUCAAGCAUGGCAACUCAGCGUUUCUCCAUGUGCUCCUUCUUGAAAAAACAACAAACACACAACCAAACAACAGAACAAAAAACACCCAACCAAAAAAAAACCCCAGCCAAAUCUUGAACACCAAAACCAGCCCGAGGCAAACACCCGUCGCAGAAAGCUUUAGUGUGAGUGACUAGUUUGUUACAUUUGUAAAAUAACUGAAAGCAGGUCACGUAGUCAAAGGUGUUGGGCUCGUCAGCCCUGUUUACAGUGUGUAUACGUACAUGCGUGGACACACGUUUAGUACCACGUGUAUGUAUGUGAGCAGUGUCUCCUGUGGGUUUAGUUCUGCUGCACCAGUAGAGCUCUGAAAUGUCAAAGUUUCACUGAUGAUAUUCUCAUUGUUUUUUACAGAGUUUGCCAUUAUUCAUGUUUGUUUAGUUGAAAUUCUAGCUUGUGCAGAAAAAACCAGAAUUAUUUAUGUCUGUUUUGUCCUAACUCUUGGGAUGGUCUCCCGUGAAGGGCGUUUCAGGGCACAGUGUUGAAUCACCCACCUGAAAGCAUCUGGGACGUGAAGGCAUUCCGAGCAGCGAGAGGCAAGGUUAGCUCUGAAUUUAAAUGCCAGUGCAGCGCUUGUGCUCAGCGUACAAAAAGCAAUGCGGUGUCUUCCCCUUGUCCUGAGGGAAACUGGCCUUGAAAAAUUGUUUAUAUUUGUCUAUCAGACAGGUUUCCCACUCCUCCUUCCACGUAAUGGACCAGUGUCAUUAAUCAGACUUUGCUGUUGAAUGGAAGUGAAGGAAGCUGACUUGCCCACACCUGCCUUCUUCCCCCCAUCUUUCAAAGGUAGCUUCUUAUGCCCAAAGACUGCAUGCUCAGGACCCAAGAAUUUUUGAGCUUGAGCGUAGGCAGGGGAAUGACUUGAGUUCUGUCUCAGUUCCCACACAUACACCUGAAUUUUUUGGGAGCAUUUUUUUUCACUUCCAGCUCUGGAGUCCACUGCCAUGGUAUGUGAGAGGCGGGGGCCAGGGGGAUUUACAAGCACAGGUCAUUCCAGGGCUGAGAUGACCCAGCGGGGAGCACUGGGGAAUUCUGAGGCUGAUGGGCCUGGCUGGCUUUGGGAGCAGUGACUGACAGCCUUCCCUUCCUGAAGUGCCUUGGUGAAGGUGAUCCCAGGUCCUUGUAAAACAGUGUACAGAUCAGUGCGCUGCUCUGUUGGGUCAGAUUGGGUCAGAUUUCAUCCUUUCUGGCAGCUCAAGCAAUGAAAUUAUGCUGUCCUUCACAAGGAGGGACUUGGUUAAUUAAAGACUCCUUCUGACUUGACAGGCAGACAGACUGCUGUCAUUGUCACAUAGCAGACAGUUAUUCUCUGUUUUACAGGCAGGUUAAACUCAGGUCUGUGGCUGAGUUAGCAGUGAAGGUGGGUGCAGGGAUGUCCCCUCUGGGCACCUGCUGACCCUCUUGCCUUUGGUUCUGCCAGGCCUCUGUAAGAGCGCUGCGUCACACUGUACCAGAACCAGCCUUAACGUUUUUCUAUUGCAGUUUUUAAAACAUUAUAUCGGACUUUAAAGCAUAUUAUUAAAGAGUUUGCAGUAGUUUCAUUAGAAUUAGACAUCUUUUCAAUUUUAAAGUUGCCUAAGACUGUGUUAGUCAAACUAAAUCGUUGUGCCCGGUGUAACUUAGGCCGCACAUAUCCCUCACGCAGAGGGGACUGUGUUUCAACACGUGUGUUCUAAGACACCAGGGUGUGUGCAAACCAAAUAUUGUUUGCCUGUGGCAUCUGAAAAACAUUGCAUUGCAAUGCCUUGCAUUGGUAAGAAGCAGGAAAAAAUUGGAUGUAGCCUGCUUCUUCUGCCUUCUGUG